AAGAAAUUAAGCAGAAGAAAUUUUUUCAACAAUGGAGAAGAAAAAUCCAAAUACGAUCAAGAUCAAGAACAACAACAAGAAAAGAAAAGUAAAUGAUGUAAAUAAAAAAUCUUAUGGAUUUCAUACAUUUGGUGAUCCAGGUUGUCCUUGUGAUUUCAGCGGUACAUUUCGUGAUAAUAUACGGGAAUUUAUGCAGAAAUGUUGUGAAAUUGAAGAUUGGAGUGUUGAAGGUUGUCCAGUUUGGUGUACACUUCUAGUUGAUGAAAGGAGGAGGAAUGUUGGUGUUGGCGGUGGUGAUGGUGAUGGAGGCGGUGGUGAUGGCGGUGGUGGUGUUGUGGUUCCUCUUUAUACGAUUGAAGAAAGUGUUAAACAUUCUUUACAACCUUUUUGUGAUCAAUGUCGAUGUAUUGGUUGGAGUCAUCAUUUUGUAUCAAAAAGAAGGUAUCAUUUGAUAAUACCAGUAGAAAAUGAUUGGCAUAAGUUUCCGGAUAAAAGCUUGUUUGAUGAUCAUCAAACACAUCUCUUACAUGGAUUGAUUCACUGUAAUGGAUUUGGGCAUCUUCUGAGUAUCAAUGGGUUUGAAGGAGGAUCUAAGUUCUUUUGUGGAAGAGAAAUCAUGGAUCUCUGGGAUCGAAUUUGUACUGCUCUCAGAGCUAGGAAAAUUACAGUUGAGGAUGUAUCUAAGAAAAGAUCAAUGGAUCUCAGGCUUCUCUAUGGUGUUGCUUAUGGGCAUCCAUGGUUUGGGAGAUGGGGAUACCAAUUCUGUCAUGGAAGUUUUGGUGUCACUGAACACAAUUAUAAUACUGCAAUUGACAUGUUAAGUUCGUUCAAUCUCGAUAAGAUUGUCGAAAAUUUUCGUGGUAAAGACAGAAAUCAUAUGGAGAAGAUCAUUAGAACCUACAGAGAAAUGAGUGAAACCCAUUUGAUUACUAUUAGAGAUCUCAUUCGUUUCAUGUAAUUAACCAUAAAGCUUUGCAAACCUCAUUCUGUUGUCAAACCCAUUACUAGAUCAGUUCCGCAGAGAUUGCCAUUUCAGGAUGUCAGCAAGAAACACAGCAACAGCGACAACAAACAGAACAACAUCAACAGCAAGAACAAGGAUAACGACUGCAAGAACGGCAACAGCAAGAACAAGGAUAUCGACUGCAAGAACGGCAACAGCCAGAACAAGGAUAAUGGCAGCAACAAAAGCAAAAGCAACAAAGUCAGUAUUAAAAACCAUUCCAAGUAUAGAAAGUUUAAAUCUUUUGCUGCACAAAUGGCUAGCAGAUGGCCUCCAAGAAGAUUAGAAUAUGCUGCAGAUGUAAUUGUGGAUGCCUUGAAAGAAAAAGGUUCUGGAAUGUCGCGUCAGGACUUAAGAGAAGCAGCAAGACUUCAUAUUGGUGAUACAGGGUUACUAGACUUUGUUCUGAAAUCCAUCAACAAUUUGAUUGUUGGUAAAUACGUUGUUCUCCGAGCCAUGAAUCUAGAGACUCGAAUGCUUGAGUUCACAAUUCAUGAACUCCUUGGUGAAGAUGCAUGUGAAACGCCGGAAAGUUCUCCAGAUGGUCCAGUUCCUGGUUUAGAUGUCUACAGUGAUGUUUUAUAUCUCUACAAGGAAUUACUUCUCCAAGGGUAUGAUGGGAAGACUAUAACUGAGUUGAGUCAAUUAUCGACUCAGGCAGUUUUGGAUAGUAAGCAUUUUGUCAAGGAAUGGCCAUUGAGAGAUGAAGAAGAUUUCUUCCUGAGAUUUGUAUGCCGCCUUAAACCGAGUUUGUUUGAGUAUGGAUACGAAUAUAAGUUAAAUCAGUCAUGUUCACCGCCACCAGGUGAGUUAGUGGUAGUGCCAAUUCAUACAACAAUUGGGGAAUUGAAGACUGAAAUUGAGUCCACAUUAAGGGAUACAUACUGUUUGUUGGAAAGUUUUAGAGUGACUGAAAUAGAAGGGAUGGAAGAGUUCGAAGAUGAGGAAGUUCUCUUUGGAGUUGUGGAGUCUGGUGCAGAUCUUUGGGUGCUAGGUAAUGGACUGGGUGAAGGGAGCAGUGAUGCACUGAAGUAUGAAGGUGGUGUUGAUAGCUGGACUGUUGAUUGUAGUUGUGGAGCCAAAGAUGAUGACGGGGAGAGGAUGGUAGCUUGCGAUAUUUGUGAGGUAUGGCAGCAUACUAGGUGCAGUGGCAUUGCUGAUGCUGAUGCAGUGCCACGGUUGUUUCUCUGUGCUAACUGUAAUGCAUCGCUUGUGCCGUCUAAUGAACACUAUUACAUGGACAUGGAACCUGAGGGUAUGCUUGAACAAGUUUAUGGUAUGGAACCUGAGGCUGAGAGCAUGCUUAGACAAGUUUACAGUAUGGAACCUGAGAGCAUGCUUGGACAAGUUUAUAGUAGUGGGUACUAA